AUGGUGCUCGGCGGCUGCGGCAACGGAGGUAAUGGAAAUGCAAAUAGGAGUGGUAGUGGCAACCAUGAUGCAAAUCCAAAUGAUUCCCAAAAAUCUUGGAAAGGAAUUAAAGAUAAUAACUUGUAUGAUCCUUGGAACCAUGCAUGUCCGUAUUAUGGGGGUUUUGAUUGUGUGUACUGCAGCCUAAAGCACAAAGGUGGAGGUGCAACCCGUGUUGUGGAGCACCUUGGUGGUAUUGUAGGUAAUGUGAGGAGCUGCCCCAAUGUGCCAAGAAAUGUGAGAGAUGCAAUGAGAGAGUGCCGGGAUGAAUCAAAGAGGAAGAAAAGAGACAAACAAAAUAGCAGGCUGAGAAUUGAAAGAAAUAUUAUGGAAGGGUUGUAUCAAAAAGGAGGGGUGAUUAACAUACUAGAUGAUGAAGAAGAAGAAAUACAGAUGAAUAUUAGAGAGGCCUUGCGUGACCCGAAUGUCUCCCACAGAGUUGAAAGGAGGAUUGGUAGGGGGGGCGUGGGUGAUGUGCGGGUUUCUGUUGGCAAAAGGAGUAUCACUGCCUAUUUUGACAAACAAUUAUCCAGCAACAAAGUAUCUAUGCAGCCCAAGAUCACUAGUGCUUUGGAUCCUAAUUCAAGAGAUGCACUUGGCCUAGCUUGGUCCAAGUUUUUUCAUGCCAAUGAUAUUGCUGGACGUAAAGCUGAUUGCCCAUACUUCCGAGCUGCUGUGAAGAUCACUCAACAAUUAGGGCCUGCUCCUAUACCAACCGCGAAGGAGAUUGAUGGGAAAUAUUUGGAGGCUAACUAUGAUGAAGCUACUUCCUUUCUUCAAAAAUUUAAACAAGAUUGGAAAAACUUCGGUGUGACUCUUAUGUGUGACUCUUGGACUGGUCCAACAGGAAUGAGCCUCAUAAACUUCAUGGUAUAUUGUAAUACACGAAUGUUCUUCCUCAAUACCAUGAUGAGGAGAAUGAGUAUGUCGAAACUAAGAGUGAGGAUGACGAUGAAGAUAAUGAGUAUGUUGAUAAUGAGAGUGAGGAUGAUGAUGGGGUGA